AUAUCUAGAUCUCGUAUUAAGGUGGAAGAUAAAGUAUAAAAUUAUAUACAUCAACAUAAAAGUUGUGUUUGAAUUAUACUAAUAAUUUCUGCAGGUUUAUGGCAGUUGCAAUGUGCUUAAAAAUUGUUCCUGAAGUUUUGGGGAUGCAUGAAAUUGAGUGCUUUCCAUGCACUUUAAUAACAAUGAUAUUUUCUCGGAUGUCUUGGUUAAUAGUUAUUGGAAUGUUAUCUCUUGGAUUGUCAUGGAUUUCAGUUGAUUCGGCACUGUAUCUGAUGGCAACUCGUGAUGGGUGCUUUUAAAUGAGUGUUCAGAUGAUUGAGGAGUUUUGAGCGAGAUUUAUGUUGAGUUUUGAAUUAGAUAAGUGUUUAAAUGGUAUUAAGAUAAGCUUUUAGAAUGUUGUUUUGAGCUAAGAAUUUUGAGGGAUUGUAUAAAUAAAAUAUCGGGUGAUAAAGUCAAUUUUGAGAACUGUGAAGGAUUGCUCACCAAACUUGCAGAGUAAGCAGAGGAUAUCUUCGUCCGAAUAUUAAAGAGGGUACUGGCAUACAACGAAAAACAGGAAAACACUAACUAGUUUGGGAAUCUGUUUGGCUUAUGGUGGGAAAUUCAGGCAGUACUGAUGGAUUCUGUCUCUUAAUAGAUUAAAAAUUGUGUAAUGUAGGCUGUCUGCCAAUUGCAUGCUGUAACUUGAGAGCUUUUGGGUUGGCUAGUUUUUCCUUUUAUUUUAGCCGGUUCUUUUAAUUCUUGAUUUUUCCUUCUCCUAUCAUUAUUGGGUGUCAUGCAUAACUGAGGCUGCUUCCAGAUUCGAUUUGAUUAGUGCUUUUGGGGUAGUGUCCAGAGCUGUCACUGUCUCAAAUAUGGAUCUGUUACAUUGAUCUGACUCUAUUAGGACAUAUAUUUUCUGCCAACACUUUUAGUCAGAAGGUCCCCUUUUUAAUCUCUUUAUUGGUUUGGAUUCAUGCAUAUUUAUGUUUGUUCCCUAUGUGAAAACAGCCUUUGUUACCAUGUGAUUAAAGAAGGGGGAUGGUGUGUAUCAAUACCCAUCACUAGGUUUUUCAGUUGCGUUGAAUGGAUUCAGUUUGGGUUGGAGUGGGAUAAUCAGAAAUGGAAAUAAGUUUGGUUGAAGACAGGCUUACUAGUAAAGGCAGAAGCUCGAUAAUGACUAUUAAGUGCCAAGGAUGAUCCUGGUUGCGAAUUUCAAUGGAUAGUCAAAAUUCAAUGCAGAGAUCACCUGCUUAUGAUGAGUUCCAGUUGGACAAAAAGUGGCUCAUUGAUCCUAAGUUGCUGUAUGUGGGUCCAAGGAUUGGAGAAGGUGCUCACGGAAAAGUCUACGAGGGCAAGUACAGAAACCAGAAUGUUGCUAUUAAAAUUGUUCAGAAAAGUGAUGUCCCAGAAGAGAUGGCAAAACGUGAGGCACGAUUUGCAAGAGAGGUUGCAAUGCUAGCACGUGUUCAACAUAGAAAUCUAGUGAAGUUUAUUGGGGCCUGCAAGGAGCCUGUCAUGGUGGUGGUUACAGAGCUUUUAGUAGGUGGGUCGCUUCGUAAAUAUAUGCUGAGCCUACGUCCAAAUUGCUUAGAUCUGCAGUUGGCCAUUAGUUUUGCCCUGGAUAUUGCCCAAGCCAUGGAAUGCUUACAUGCACAUGGCAUUAUUCAUCGUGAUCUUAAGCCCGAUAAUUUACUGUUGACAGCUGACCAUAAAAAAGUUAAGCUUGUAGAUUUUGGCCUGGCAAGAGAAGAGACACUAACAGAAAUGAUGACUGCAGAAACUGGCACAUACCGAUGGAUGGCUCCUGAGUUGUACAGCACUGUAACAUUAAGACAUGGAGAAAAAAAACAUUACAACCACAAGGUAGAUGCAUAUAGUUUUGCAAUAGUUUUGUGGGAGCUUUUGAGAAAUCGCAUGCCAUUUGAAGGGAUGUCAAAUCUUCAAGCAGCAUAUGCUGCUGCCUUUAAGAAUGUGAGACCAAGUUCAGAUGAUCUUCCAGAAGAGUUGGCUUCAAUCUUGGAAGCCUGCUGGGCAGAAGAUCCAAAUAUCCGUCCCAACUUCACCCAAAUAGUGCGUAGGCUUAGUUUGUAUCUUUCAUCCCUUACAGGUCCUGAAAACAUGCCUCCACCUCCAGUUAUUGCUUCAAAGAACAGCAUUCUGCCACCAGAAUCUCCAGGGACAAGUUCCCUAAUGGCGAAGCAGGGGGACCAAAGUGAAGAUGGCAAUGGCAAAUCAGCAAACAAAUCCCAAGGAUGCCUUCCAUGUUUCAGUCGCUGGUUCCAAUCAGAAGGUCAAAAUGGACUUAUAGAGUGAUGAGAGCAUCCUUUCCUCCUGCAAAUAUGACACUGUAAUGAUAUAGGCGAUUAUCAAUGCACUCGCUUUUCCACAGUAGGCUUGACAAAGCUCAAUUCCUAGCAAUUCAUAUAUGUAAUCUAAAGUCAAACAAUAGCCUACAAUUUUCAAUAUUUGUUUGCCACACUAAAUGCGUCAAAAUGGGAUGAAAUGUAGGUUGAUCGUCAACUUUCAAUCUUGCCAUGAAUGAUGUUGUCGAGUCAGCAAAGAAAUUGUAUAUUAUCAAUUAACUUGUAGAAUGUUCAAGUAAUGAAUAUUUAAUUUCUGCAAGUGUCCAGGCAUGAAGUUUGGAUCUUCUGUCACUGGAUGGUUGUGUGUAUGUUUGAACACACUGACAGUAAAAACAUAAUCCAUGCAAAACUAGUUCAUGCAGAUGCAGACACUCAGCAAUUCCACACUUUGGUGACGAGUAUUUUGUCUGUUAUUUAUUUGGUUCUUUGGGGCAACAUCAUAUCAUUUCUUUA